UGGUCUACCUCGUCAAACUCAGUAGAGGAGGAGGGCUGGCAGGCAAGAGAUGGAUCUCUGGCUCCUCAUCCUCGUCACCUUCUCCGUCGCCGCCUUCCUUGGAGCCACCCUCAACCUCCUCUCCUCCGCCCAAACGAAGAAGAGCCUCCCUCCGGGGCCGCUCAAAUUCCCGGUCGUCGGCGACUUCCUAUGGCUCCGCAAGUCCUUCUUCGAGCUCGAGCCCGUCCUCCGCUCCCUCCGCUCCCGUUAUGGCCCGAUGGUCACCCUCCACAUAGGCUCCCGCCCCGCCGUCUUCGUCUCCUCCCCGGCUCUCGCCCACCAGGCCCUCGUCCACCGCGGCGCCAUCUUCGCCGACCGCCCGCCCCCAUCCGCCACCAUCCGCCUCCUCUCCUCCAACCAGCACAGCAUCAUCUCCUCCUCCUACGGCCCCAUCUGGCGCCUCCUCCGCCGGAACCUCACGGCGGAGAUCCUUCAUCCCUCCCGCCUCCGCUCCUAUUCCCCCGCCCGCACGUGGGUCCUCAACAUGCUCGCGGCGGAGCUCAAGUCCCAGCCCGGCGGCGUCGUCCGCGUCCUCGACCACUUCCCGCACUCCAUGCUCUGCUUGCUGGUCCUCAUGUGCUUCGGAGACGGGCUCGAGGAGAAGCAGAUUAGGGAGAUCGAGGAGGUUCAGCGACGCGUUCUGCUGGGUCGACGAGGUUUCAACGUGCUCAAUUUCUGGCCGUGGCUGAGCAAGCUCGUGCUCCGGAAGCGGUGGAAGGAGUUCUAUGAGCUCUGCGAGUGUCGGAAACGCGUCUUCAUCCCGCUCAUCAGAGCUCGACUCAAGGCCAAGCGAGAGCAACUGAGCAAAGACAAGGAGGACGGGAACAACGGCAACGGCGAUCGGAUCGUGCCGUACGUGGACACGCUCCUGGACCUGGAGCUGCCGGAGGAGAAGAGGAAGCUGGAGGAGAACGAGCUCGUGACCCUCUGCUGGGAGUUCCUCAACGCCGGCGCUCACACAACGUCGACGGCACUGCAGUGGAUCAUGGCCAACCUGAUCAAGUACCCUGAAAUCCAAGAGAGGCUCUACCGUGAAAUCAAAUCAGUCGUUGUACAAGGGGCGGAACAAGUGAAGGAGGAGGACGUGCAGAGGAUGGGCUACCUGAAGGCGGUGGUACUGGAGGGGCUGCGCCGCCACCCGCCGGCGCACUUCGUUCUGCCGCACGCGGUGACGGAGGACGCGGAGCUGGGAGGGUACGUGAUCCCUAAGGACGGGACCAUCAACUUCAUGGUGGCGGAGAUGGGUUGGGACCCGGAAGUGUGGGAGGACCCGAUGGCGUUCAAGCCGGAGAGGUUCUUGAAUUGCAAAGGCGGGGAGUUCGACAUCACGGGGAGCAGGGAGAUAAAGAUGAUGCCUUUUGGGGCGGGGAGAAGAAUCUGUCCUGGAUACGGGCUUGCGAUGCUGCACUUGGAGUACUUCGUGGCGAACUUGGUCUGGCUGUUCCAGUGGCGGACUGUGGCGGGCGAAGAGGUGGACCUAUCGGAGAAGCAGGAGUUCAUCAUCGCAGGGAUGAAGAACCCUUUGAGGGCUCAGAUUUCUCCCCGGAAUUUGGGCACCCGAAUUUCGGAAAAUGUCCUCCCUUCCCAAUGA